GUAUCUUAGAUGUCAUUUUAAUGAUAUACAAACAAUCACGUGUUAUGUUUAAGUUCUAAAUUGUAUCAGAUAUUAUACGAUUUGAAUUAAUUUAAUGCAUUGCAUUAAUAAAUAGGAACAGAAAAAGUAAUGUUCCAUAUAUUUUUCAUUACUUUUUUAAGAUAUUCGAAAUAUCUAAUACGUUUUUACAAGGAUAGGAAUUAAAAAAGAAGAAACAAGAAAGAAGAAACAAAGAAAAAGAAAUAUGUCAACGUGUAAGUUUGAUAUAUUUAUCCAUGUAAAUAUAAAAAAUAAAGUGUCUAUUAAGGGCACAAGGGAAUAUCGAUGUUGACAUAAAAUUUUUAAUUAACCUUAUUGUGAAUCCAUCAAAAAGAUCAAUAAAAAGUGAAUGUGCGAAUAAAAACUAUACAGUUAUAAUCGUCAAAAAUGAUCAUUCGUAAAACUAUUUGGCCUCGCACAUUAAGUGACAUUUGUUCUAUGAUAUUUAUAUUAACAAUUGUACCAUUAAUAUAUUGGUUCGAGUUGUGGGUAGUAUUACCUGCAUUAUAUAAGCACAAUACAAUACCAUAUUUCAUGCACUUUACUAUAGGUAAUUUUAUAAUGUUAAAUAUUGUGGGUAACUUUACCUAUACGGUAUUGUGCGAUACUAGUAUUAAUAGAACUAUUGUACCAGUGAGUACAGCAAGCUCUAAGAAUGGAUGGAGAUUAUGUGCAACAUGUGAAAUACUUGCUCCACCUCGUUCAUGGCACUGUUCAACAUGCGGAACAUGUAUUCUAAAGCGUGAUCAUCAUUGUAUCUUUACAGGCUGUUGUAUUGGUUAUUUUAAUCAUCGAUACUUUUUAAUGUUCCUUUUCUAUUUAUUCAUUGCUACAAUCUAUGCAUUUUGUUAUAAUAAUUAUUUUAUUUGGGCUAGAAUAAAUUUUGAAUUUCCAAUGUCCAUUAUAAAAAUAAUAUUUCCUUUGGCAAUAUUUGUUUUUGGAUUUGAUGGUUCCGUAGAACAAUUCUAUUUAUUACUCUAUAUUGUAUCUGUUGUAGGAAUGUUAUUUACAGGUGUUUUAUGCAUUUAUCAUUUUCGAUUAGUUUUUAAUGGAUGUGUAGCAAAUGAAAGUAAUAAAAAUAUGGAUACUUAUGAUCUUGGUUGGCAACAGAAUAUAAAGGAAGUUCUUGGUGAACGAUGGUUUUUAACAUGGUUGAUUCCAUAUAUAAAAUCUCAAUUACCCCAUGAUGGUAUUACUUGGGAUACAAAAAGUACAUGGGAAAUUAAUAAUGCAAAGAGUAAAUGAAUUAAUUGAUGUGCGUUUCUUCAUCUGAAAUGCAAUUGAAACCCUCCAACUUGAAACAUUUUCAAGCAAAAGUCAUUUCUAUGAGCUAUUAAUUUAAGAUGUAUAAAAUGUGUCUUUUUCCAUUUUCUUUUUUUUUUUUUUUGUCACUGAAAAGUUCUUUUUAAUUGGAAUUUUUCUUAUUAAUUAUGAAAUUGCAAGUUAUAAAAGCUCAACUGUAUUUUAUAAAUAUUUUGUAACAUCAUUAUCAUACAGUCAUACCAAAAAUUUGUUUCAUAUACAUACUUGUGCAUACACAUACAUUGUGCUACAUAAUAUAUUUAUAUAUAUGAUGAAAAACUUAAAUAUAUAUUUUAAAAUAAGAAAAUGUAUUUCCUAUUUUGCACAUCGUUAUAAAUAAAAAUUUAUUAAAUGGCAAUGUCAGACAUUUCUAGUUAAAGUAUAUUCUUUUAAAGAACAAAUAAAUUAUGUCAAUAUGGAACUUUUAAAAUUGUAAAUUGUAUAAAUAAUGAAUAAUGUUUAUUAUCUUCUAUAAAUAUUAUAUAUUAGUAAUUGAAAAUUAUGACAUUGUGCUGUAUAAAUAUAUACAUAUAUAAAAUUUAUACAGUGUAAUCAUUUGGAUCUAUUAUUAUGUUUAAUCAAAUAAGAUCAACUUGAAUACAAUUUGAUCCUUGUAGCUGCUAAUCAAAUUUAAUUGUUAUUAUUUACUUAAUUAAACUGAUUGUACAGAAGA